GUCUUGUGCUGUAUUCUUAAUAUAUAUACAUCCUACAGAUAAGUCUCGAAUUCCGUUCUUUCAUUGUUCUCAAAUCCCAUUCAAGACAACUCGCCUUCAUAUAUCACUCUCAACUCUAUAAAUUACUCUCUGCUAUCAUGGCUUCUAUUGCACAGUCCCAAGGAGUUGCUCCGCAUCUCUUGUCCCCCGUUGGCAACCAAGUCUCUGUUGCUGAACCAGUGUCUCGGACCACCCAAAUCUUGAAGCCACGAGAUGUUACUGCAGCCUUCAACUACUACAAAGACCCAGCCGAUGGAUCCCCUCCACGGCCAAACUAUGUUAACGACCCCGGUAGCUACGUGCGUGAACAUAUUACCCAGCAGCAGCUUGUUCAUGACAUCCGUGGAAACGAAGACAAAUAUACCUUAGACACUACUGGUUUCCAGAUCGUCAAACAUGAGAGCGUUGAAAAGGACUUCUUGGAUGAUGAACAAAUCAAGAGGGUUUACUAUCCAGAGACUGAAGAGCUCUUGAAGAAGGUCACCGGCGCUUCCAAGAUCUUUAUCUUCGACCAUACCAUCCGUCGUCAACCUAUCGACACCCGCGCCAAAGCAGAAGAAGGCGCACCGCCUCCCCCAAGUCUCCGUGGACCAGUCCAGAGAGUCCACAUCGACCAGUCCUACGCGGCGGCUCCAGACCGUGUUAACUUCCACCUUCCCGAUGAGGCAGAGACCCUCCUCAAAGGCCGCUACCAGAUAAUCAACGUCUGGCGACCCAUCAAGACCAUCUUCAAAGACCCAUUGGGCAUCGCAGCCGCCGACAGCGUGCAGGAUGACGAGCUGGUCCCCAUCAAGCUCAUCUACCCCCACCGCGUUGGUGAAACGCUCUCAGUUCGGCCGGCAAAGGAAAGCCGAACGGAUGGCGGACAUCAGUGGUAUUACGUAUCGAGACAGGCGCCGAAUGAGGUUACGUUGAUCAAGUGCUUUGAUUCUAAGACUGACGGACGGGCGAGGAGGGUUCCUCAUAGUGCAUUUGAGGAUGAGGAAUACAAGAAUGAGGCGACGAGGGAGAGUAUUGAGGUUCGGGCCUUGGUGUUCCACCCUGAUGAUACUGAUUAAGAUUGUUACGGUUAUGAUAUAUAUGAUGGAAGAUUGGCCUAGCGUAUAUGCGGAAUGAUGGAAUAUGUUUUAAACUUGAGUUGUUCUUGAGCAUGAACGUCCUAAUAACGUGAACAGAGGACAACGAAAUGUCGUAAGCCAUCGAGGACCUUCAGACGAAGAUGAAUUCUAUGGGACGAUCGAUCUUGAGAGGUAU